AUGGCUCAGUCUGCAGAGUACGGACGCAAACUGCGCGUCACCUGUCGGAGGAUGUACGAUGAGAACGAGGACCCGUCAGACGUGGAGGAGAUCGACAACAUCAGAGGCUUCAGUGUCGAGGAGAAGGUCACCAGCAACAUCUACACCUCCAGCUUUGUGCAAGUGCUGCAGGGAGAGGAUUUCACCUAUGAGUACGUUCAGAGGGAAGGCCUCAGGAAACCACUGAUCUUCAAAGAGAAGGACGGCUUAGGGAUCAGAAUGCCGGAUCCACAGUUCACCGUCAGUGAAAUCAAAGGUUUGGUUGAUCCUACUGUCCACCUGUCCCUGCGUCUGUCCUCUGUCUGUCCCUGUGUCUGUCCCUCUGCCUGUCCUCUGUUUGUCCCCUCAGUCACCUGUCCCCAGUCUGUCUCCUCAGUCACCUGUCCUCCGUCUGUUCUCUCAGUCACCUGUCCUCCGUCUGUCCUCUCAGUCUCCUGUCCCCUGUCUCUCCUCUCACUCUGUCUGUCCCCUCAGUCUCCUGUCCUCUGUCUGUCCCCUCAGUCUCCUGUCCUCUGUCUGUCCCCUCAGUCACCUGUCCCCAGUCUGUCUCCUCAGUCACCUGUCCUCCGUCUGUCCUCUCAGUCUCCUGUCCUCCGUCUGUCCUCUCACUCUGUCUGUCCCUCAGUCUCCUGUCCUCUGCUUGUCCCCUCAGUCACCUGUCCUCUGUCUGUCCCCUCAGUCUGCUGUCCUCCGUCUGUCCCCUCAGUCUCCUGGAGCCGGCGCUCGGUGGACGUGAUGGACGUGUCCACUCAGAAAGGCCUGGAGAUGUCCAUGGCUCAGUUCGUCCGUUACUAUGAGACGCCGGAGAAAGACAGAGACAAACUGUUCAACGUGAUCAGUCUGGAGUUCAGCCACACCAAGCUGGAGACGCUGAUCCGGAGACCGACAGUGAUCGACCAGGUGGACUGGGUGGACAACAUGUGGCCUCCAGACCUGAAACACAGUCAGACUGAAGCAACCAACGUGAUUUCAGAGAUGAAGUACCCCAAAGUCCAGAGAUACUGUUUGAUGAGUGUGAAGGGCUGCUACACGGACUUUCACAUCGACUUCGGAGGAACCUCAGUCUGGUAUCACGUCUUCAAAGGGAAGAAGGUCUUCUGGCUGGUCCCGCCCACCUCCUAUAACCUGUCUCUGUACGAGGACUGGCUUCUGUCCGGGAAACAGAGCGACAUCUUCCUCGGAGACAGAGCGGACGGAUGUCAGAGAGUGGAGCUGAGGCAGGGUUUCACCUUCUUUAUCCCAUCUGGUUGGAUCCAUGCUGUCUACACUCCUGAGGACACUCUAGUUUUUGGAGGAAACAUUCUUCACAGCUUUAACAUUCCUAUGCAGCUCACCAUCCACGAGAUUGAGAACAGAACCAAGGUCCAUUCGAAGUUCCGGUUCCCGUUCUUCUAUGAGAUGUGUUGGUACGUCCUGGAGAGAUACGCCUCCUGCCUGACCCGGCGCUGCUUCCUGAGCCCGUCCCACAGACCGUCCCACAGACCGCCUCCUCUGGAUCUGGACUCUUCGACACAUGUGGACAGUCCUCUCUCUGACCCGCGGAGUCCAGAUGUGAACGAAGACUGGUGUGAGAGGAUCUACGCAGACCGCUCUCCAGGACCCAGGAGCCUCCGAGCAGACCAGGACCCGGACCUGGACCUGGACCUGGACCCGGACUCUGAGUCUCACACUGAGGGUCAUCAGGGGAAGUGGACGUAUUUGACAGAGUUUGAACUGAAUGGACUGAAGCUGUUGGUGGAAAAACUGGAGUCGCUGCCAGAAAAUAAGAAGUGUGUUCCAGAAGGAAUUGUAGAUCCUCAAAGACUUCUCCAAACAGUGAAGGUGAUCCUGGAGGAGCACGCUGACGACGACUCGCUCCUCGCGGUCACUGGGGUCCCUGUGGUCUUCAGGUCCAAGGUGAAGCCACGGUCUCAAAACCGGCCGAAGCCCAAGAUGGCGGUGCCGGCGGCGGUGAAGCUGACAGCAAGUCGCUCGACAUCUGGUACACGGCGCAGACGCACAAGAUGCCGCCGCUGCGAGGCGUGUCUUCGCACCGAGUGUGGAGAUUGUCACUUCUGCAAAGACAUGAAGAAGUUUGGAGGACCAGGACGAAUGAAGCAGUCCUGCAUCCUCAGGCAGUGUAUUGCGCCUGUCCUGCCGCACACUGCUGUGUGUCUCGUUUGUGGAGAAGCAGGAAAAGAAGAAACUGUUGACGCAGAGGACGAGAAAUUCAACCUGAUGCUGAUGGAGUGUUCCAUCUGCAACGAGAUCCUGCACCCCAGCUGCCUGAAGGUGAAAGACUCGAGUGGCGUGGUGAACGAUGAGUUGCCGAACUGUUGGGAGUGUCCUAAAUGUAACCACGCAGGAAAGACUGGGAAACAAAAACGGGGUCCGGGUUUCAAAUAUGCAUCAAACCUCCCUGGAUCUUUGCUCAAAGAACCUCGGCUGAACCGGGACCAGAAGGAGGACUACGAGACCCCUCUGAGCCUCAGCACCUCCUCCACUGCACUGCCGGUGAAGAAGAAGGAGAGAGAGGACCUCUCCAAGAGGAAAGAGAGAGAGAGAGAGGACCUCUCCAAGAGGAAAGAGAGAGAGGACCUCUCCACCAGGACAGACCUGGAGCCUCUGAAGAGGCCUCCACUGCUCUCUCUGGAGUCACCGCGUCUGAAGCCUGACGAUAACCCACUGAGGAAGAAGAGGAGGCUGUUUGACACCAACGAGGAACCUGUCCUCCUGAAGAAGAAGAAAAAAGCUCUGAAAUACGAUGGUCCAGUUUCUCCUAAACUUUUCCGACAAAUAAAAACUGAGAACGACUUGGAGGACGAAGAUCAGGAGGAGGAUGAGGAGGAGCUGAGGAGAGGCAGAUUUACAACUGAUGACAGCUCAAAGGGCCACAUUCACCCUGUGAGGGCAUCAGGGGGACUUGAGAGCGAGACCACCGCACACAGAGCGUGCUCCAGUGUGGAGCUGACCCAUGCAGACAAGAGGCUCCUGAAGACCUGCCAUCAGCGCCGAAGACCAGUCCACCAGGACACGUCCAAGUCAGAGGAGAGACUGGGGAGAGACGGCUCAGCCACUCACAACAGGAGACCCAUCAAAGUGGAAGACCCGAGCCUGAACCGAAAACCCGUGAAAACAGAAGACCCGAGCCUGAACCGAAAACCUCUUAAAGUAGAAGACCCGAGUCUGAACCGGAGACCUCUGAAAACAGAAGACCCGAGUCUGAACCGGAGACCUCUGAAAACAGAAGACCCGAGUCUGAACCGAAAACCUCUUAAAACAGAAGACCCGAGUCUGAACCGAAAACCUCUUAAAACAGAAGACCCGAGUCUGAACCGAAAACCUCUUAAAACAGAAGACCCGAGUCUGAACCGAAAACCUCUUAAAGCAGAAGACCCGAGCCUGAACCACCGCAAGAGCCUUAAAUCUGAGGAUGUACUCAACAAUCAAAACCGCCGCCCAGUGAAGACAGAGGACAGAGGCUCGACCAAUCAGAACCACCGGCCAAUCAAAGCAGAGACUGAGCAGGAAGCAGAGGAGCCCACGUGGGUCCUGAACGGUCGUGGGGACCUGGGAUCCUGGCCGGGCCUCAGGGGGAAGAACCUGAACGGCUGCUCUCCCCCCUCCUGCCCCCGCCCUCCCCCCUCUCGCUCUCCGCCCAGAUGUGUACAGAUGGAGCGUCAUGUGAUCCGGCCGCCGCCCAUCAGCCCUCCCCCUGAUCGCCUCCCUCUGUCGGGGGGAGACACUCACGUGAUGCGGAGAGAGACCUGGGUCAACGUGUUUCAUCUGCUGAGUCACAGAGAGCUGUGUGUGUGUAUGCGAGUGUGCCGCACCUGGAACCGAUGGUGUUGUGACAAGAGGCUGUGGCAGCGCAUCAACCUGAGCCGCUGUAAGGCCAUCUCUGCCCUGAUGCUCAGUGGGAUCAUCCGCAGACAGCCUCUCGCUCUGGACCUGAGCUGGACCAACAUCUCCAAGAAGCAGCUGAGCUGGCUCCUCAACAGGCUGCCAGGUCUGCGUGUGUUGCUUCUCUCUGGUUGCUCGUGGAUCUCCGUCUCCGCUCUGUGCUCGGCGUCGUGUCCUCUGCUGCGGACGCUGGACGUGCAGUGGGUCGAAGGACUGAAGGACGCUCAGAUGAGGGACCUGCUGUCUCCCCCUACAGACAACAGGCCAGGUCAGGUAGACUCCCGGAGCAGACUGAGGUGUGUGAGUGAGCUGGGUCUGGCCGGUUUGGACGUCACAGACUCGUCUCUGCGCCUCAUCGUACGCCACCUGCCGCUUCUCUCCAAACUGGACCUGAGCUACUGCAACCACAUCACGGACCAGUCUGUGAACCUGCUCACAGCCGCCGGAACCACCUCCAGGGACUCCCUCACCGACCUCAAGCUGUCCGUGUGUAACCGUGUGACAGACCAGUCUCUGACCUUCUUCAAACGUUGCGGCAGCAUCUGUCACAUCGACCUGCGCUUCUGUAAACAAGUGACGAAGGAAGGAUGUGAACAGUUCAUCGCAGAGAUGUCCGUCAGCGUCCAGUUCCAGCUCCUCGAAGACAAACUACUGCAGAGAGUCAGCUAG